ACUCUGAACCAUCGACCUUCAUUAAUGUUUAUGAGGGACCAGAACUUACGACAUCACUAUGUGACGCAGAAGAGCCAUUCUUGUCUUUCAUCCUAGGUUGGUGGUUUCUCUAUUGUGCAAUGGCUUGGUACUGAUACAUAUUUUGAACUAGACGUGAAUGCACCACCAUCAAGAGAGGGGAUGGGUUGCUAUCUUCGCACUCAAGUGGCGAUUCCUCCCAAUUCGAAGUACUAUUACUUUGAAAUAGAGGUUCUCCAUGUUACCGAUCACACACGCUGUGUCUUUGGCUUCUGCCAGUCUUUCGUUCCUCAGAGAUCGCUCCCUGGGUGGCAUGAGGGGUCUUGGGCCUAUCACGGAGAUGAUGGAGGGUUGUUUGUAGAGGAUGGAUGGCUUACAAGUCGAGAGAGUGACCAGACCUUCGAAGUAGGCGACGUUGUAGGCUGUGGUAUGAAUUUCGAAACUGGUAAGGGAUAUCGCACUAAGAAUGGGGUCCUCCUUGAUUCUGGUAAGUUCAUGCCAUGCAGUAGGACAGAGCAAGCAAUCUGACUCAAAAUUAGGCAAUGCGUUUGAAAGUCACAACUUCUUGACGGGCAAAUUCUAUCCUUGUCUAGGAUUUGGCGCCAAUCGCCUGGGAACUGAGAUGCGAAUUCGAGUUACGCUACGAGCUAUUGAGGAGCA